UAUUUUAAUUUCAUUUCGACUCUUGCCCGAUAUGUCAAAUUUUCUCGUUGAGAUCUUUCCACAUCCAAAACGUCUCAAAAACUGGUACCAAAAAAAUAAAGCCAGAGCAGAUUCGAUCAUUAGAGGAGGAGAGAUGUCAUCGACGGCCAACGAUCCGCGUCAGCCAUCGGCGGUGAAGCGCUACGUGCCGUCAGCGUUGGCACCGCAAGAUCUUCCAGUGGACUACUCCGGUUUGAUCGCCGUCGUCUUCGGUAUCGCCGGCGUCAUGUUUCGCUAUAAGCUGUGCUCGUGGCUUGCCAUCAUAUUCUGUGCUCAGUCACUGGUCAACAUGAAGAACCUUGAAAACGACAUCAAACAGAUCUCCAUGGCCAUGAUGUUUGCUAUUAUGGGAUUGGUAACCAACUACUUUGGACCUGCUCGUCCGGGCACACAAAAAAGUUGAAACUCCUUGGACGAAAGAGUUUAGAUGUAAUACUAAGCGGUUUUUCUUUAUCUGGUUAUGAUUUUGUUUUUCUAGAUGCAAACUGUUGUUGAAGUUUGAUGGACCAAUAUGAAGGCAAACUAAUGUGCUUCUUAUAUCAAUUCUAUUGAAGUUUUUAAUUUUUUCCUAGUCUGCAGUUCAUCUGUCUUUUGGUGUUUUCUCAUGCUAGUGCUCCUUUUAAACUCAAAGAGAUGGGCUAUGUAGAGGCUUAUAGCCCUACCAUGUCAAAUUAACUGGCACUUUAUGAUACAAUUGUUUGGGGAUUGUAUUUCAUUGUAAUGGGAAUGAUUGUUGCUGCACAUUCAUCAAACCAGUCUAUUGGUUGGGUUAAUGUGCACAUUUUUUCGAUCAAUUUCAUCAUACUUUGGGCUAUAUCAUCGAACAUAAUAUAUUUGAAAUCAUGAUCCUUAUAUUUUGGGAUGCUUUUUUUUUUUUUUCAAAGCAUACAGCUGAGAGUGGUAAGUUCCUCCUCCUCCUCCAUUAUUGAAUGUGCUUAUAGUAAUCUGGAAGGUGCUGAAUGUUUAUGUUAUGGGAAAUAGUUUAUGUGCUGAAUGUUUUGUGUUCUCUUCUUUUGUGUCAUGUCAUGAAUAUGAGUAAAAGAUGUUAUAGCCAAUAAUUAUUGUACUGUAAAAUUAGUUUUCUCUUUUAUUAGAUUUCAAUACUAUGGCAGUCUAUGGCCUCACAUGACAUACUGUUCCCAUGAAUUUCAGCCUUCAAAAUAGGUUUUUUGUUCACAAUAUCUGGAAGAGAAAUUCUUACAUCAAGGAUGAAUGAGUACUAUCAAGUAUAUUAUAAUCUUUCAUGCAAAGCUGAUGUUGGAUUUUUGCAUAACAAACGCGGGAAAUGGCUGAAUGCUACUUUAGAAACUAAUAUAUAUUCCUAAAAAAGAAUGACUGAAAUAUCUAAACCAGUGGAGAAAGCAUGCCAUUUACCCUUUAUAAAGGGCUAUUGCAUAUUUUGAGCUCAUAGUCUCUUCUUCGCCUCUUUUACUUGUGCUUUAUUUUUACUUCUAUCUGAGACAAAACCAUACAGAAAGUGUGAGGAAAGACAAAUAAGAAACAUGGAACAAAGACACGUUCAAGAAAAUUCUAUCCAUGUGCUACUUGUUUCAUACCCUAUGCAAGGGCAUGUUGCACCAUUCAUAAAGUUGGCAUACCUAUUUGCUGGUCGUGGAAUCAAGGUCACACUUGUGAUAACAGAGUUUGUACAUGCACGUCUGGUGGCCGCACAUCCGGAAUUGGAUGGUGAGCAGUAUGAUCAGGUCAGGCUUGUCGCGGUCCCUGAUGGAUUACCCAAAGAAGAUGUGCGAAAUGAUGAACGUAAGUUGGGUGAGAGUGUAUUCAAAGUCAUGCCUGGUCAUGUGGAAAAUUUGUUAAACAAGGCCAACCUGGAGGGUAAUCAGGUGACCUGUGUCAUAGCCGAUGCAGUUUUUGGUUGGGCUUUGGAGAUGGCGGAGAAGAUGGAGCUUAAGUCAGCACUCUUCUGGCCAUCUGCACCAGGAGUUUUGGCCUUGACACUCAACAUUCGAAAGCUUAUUGAGGCUGGGGUUAUAGACUCCAAUGGAACUCCAACAAUGAAGGGGAAUAAGGUUCAACUAUCAUCAGACCUGCCCCCUGUGACUAGUGCUGACAUUGUGUGGAGUUAUCCCGGGAACGAGUCAACGCAGAAGAUCAUGUUCCAGCAUUUCUUCGCCAUUCACCAGAAUGUGAAAAAAAGUGACUGGCUUCUGUGUAACUGGUUUCAGGAGCUCAACCCCUCUGUCGGUGAUUUAGUCCCAAACAUGUUUCCACUUGGUCCAUUACUUGCAAAUGGAAAACCUGCCGGGAACUUUUGGCCAGAGGACUCAACUUGCUUGGGCUGGCUCAACAGGCAACCGGUUGGAUCAGUUGUUUAUGUUGCAUUUGGCAGCAGCUCCAUGUUCAGCCAGCACCAAAUUGAUGAACUAGCAUUAGGCCUUGAACUUGUCGGUCAACCGUUCUUAUGGGUGAAUCGAUCAGACCUCAUCAAUGGCUCUUCUGCCAAAUUCCCAGACGGGUAUGAAAAGAGAGUGGCUAACCAUGGGAAGAUGGUUCACUGGGCACCUCAAGAAAAGGUGCUGGCUCACCCAGCUAUUGCUUGUUUCUUGACCCAUUGUGGCUGGAACUCAACCAUGGAUGGCAUAAGCAUGGGGGUUCCAUUUCUCUGUUGGCCUUAUUUUGCAGAUCAGUUUUACAACUGCUGUUGCAUAUGUAAUGGUUACAAAGUUGGCUUGUGCUUGAACCCAGAUGAUUAUGGGAUUGUUACAAGGCAUGAAAUCAGAAAAAAAUUGGAUGGUUUGCUUGCUGAUGAAGGUAUAAAAGUAAAUGCAACAAAGCUCAAACAAAUGGCGGAAGAGAGCAUCAGUGGAGGAUCUUCUACAAAUAAUUUGGAACGUUUCAUUGAACACAUGAAGCAAUGAAGCAUAAAUGGUAUAUAAAUACAUGUCCUCAUUUACAGUCAUAAAAUGCUUAUUGCAGCUCUAAAAAAUAUAUAUAGAAGAUUAGACUUCUAUAUAUUUUAA